CAAAAUAGUCGCUGCUUGCUAUCCCACGAGAAAUUGAGAGGGAGAGAGCGGAGACAGGGCCGAGAAACACAACGGCUGCACCACGCAUUCGCUGUUCCACUGCCGGAGACUCUCUGCAACGCGCUGGGAACAUACAUCCGGUUCUGUCGUUGUCCACAGAGCAAUUGACACCUGUUCAACCACUCAUCAAUCGUCUGCACGGGAAAGAUUCCACAAGGUCGUUCGUGACGACCAUGGGCAAGAAGAACAAGGGAAAGAAAAAGGCGUCGGAGCGCAACGCCUCGACGAAGCCCGGCCCAAGCACACCGUCACCCCGCCUUUCGGCUGACGCUGCGGAGUGGCACCCGCCGUCGUUUCUGGCGAAAACUAUCGAAAACGAAAGCGAGGAGGACCAACAACCGGCGGAAGUCGGCGAAUUGCAGGGCGAGUCACCCUCCGCGGCAGCGACGGCGGCAGAGGGUGUAGAGCAAGAGCAUUGCCCCGGGUCGAACACGCCUCCUGGAGACGACGAGGGGCGGGAGGAUGGAUCGACGCCUGCACCGCUUCCUAGUUCUGCGCCUGCGAUCGCAUCCGAUGAGCCAACAGCAGCCGUUUCUCCGCCGGCUGAUGGUAGUUCUUCGGUUCCUGGAGACGAACAAGAGCGGGAGGAUGGAUCGACGCCUGCACCGCUUCCUAGUACUGCGCCUGCGAUAGAAUCCGAUGAGCCAACAGCAGCGGUUUCUACGCCAGUUGAUGGUAGUUCUUCGGUUCCUGGAGACGAACAAGAGCGGGAGGAUGGAUCGACGCCUGUACCACCCGACUCCGCCCAGGGUGACUCCACAACCGCCUCCGAUGAGCCAACACCACUUGAAGUGUUGACGACCGAGGAUGUCAAGAGCGGUAGCGUCGAAGUUGUAGGGGAUGACGAGGCGCAGCCAGACGGGGUGGAGAGAGAUGAGGCUACGCCGGUACCUGCUUUGGAUGAUGCACCCUCCGCGCCGAGCACCUCAGAAGACGCGGGCCCCCGUAAUGUCGUGCCGGAUGCAGCACUUGUGCUAGAGGAUGGCGCCGGAGUAGCGCCCGGCGAGGUGAUGGCCACGGCCUACUGCACCGCCGCCGACCCUAUCAACGCCUGCUGCGAGAAAGCCGGGGAGCCGGCCUUGGCGGGGUUAUCGGAGACACCUACUGCCGUCGCCACCGCUGAUUGCCAAGGUACGCCCACCGAUGGGCGCACGGUAGAAGAGGCAACGGCCGCGGAUACUGACGCCGUCAAUGGUUCGAAGCCUGAGGUUGCGUCGGGAGCAACUGGACAGCACGACAAGGUGCCAGGAGGUGAGGAGGGUGGAGAAGGCACCCGGGGGAGUGAGCAGCUAACGGACGCGGUGUCCUCCGAUUCCGCGGAGAACAGUAGGUCGGACCCCGACCUCUCGUACGGUGGCGGCAAGGGCAAUGCCCUAGGCGGCAAGUUCUUGUUGGGAGAUGAAGGCGGGUACAAGGGGGGGCUCUUGGACGACCCGAGGUGGAGGUGGGGUAGCGUCGUGGCGGUGGCCGCGGUGGUGCUGCUGAUUGGCCUGCGUCGUCGAUGAAGAAGCAGGCAGGGGGCGGCCCAGCGUCAAAGUGGUGAUUGUGUUUUGUCGUUGUACGGCAGAGGCUGGCGGCCCGGGCGGCGUGCUCGGCAGUUUUUUAUUGGCGGACUUGGCCUUCUUCGAGGUCUAGAUCCGCUCUGGUAUUUAGUGAUUUAGGCCUGACUGGAUGUUGAACCGUAGCUCCGCACAAGGGACGUGUCACACACCCACGGCCGACCCAACCCACGGCCAACGGAGGGCCUGGAGCUAGGCUCGGCGACAACGCAGCUGUGCCCUGCCGCGUUCGCGGGAAGCGAACAGAGAGAGGGGAGCGCUGGAGAGUAAAGAGCGCUCGACCAAUCAGACGGCGUGUAAGACCGCAACAACUGUCUUUUUUUCCCGGGUAGAUGUAGCUUUCGCUUCUAUAAAAGUAUUUGAUGCAUGUAUCGUCCUUGUAAUUUGUGCGCGUCCGUCGCGAUUGUUGUGUUGGUUGGGCUUCGUCUCGGGCGGAUGAGGAGCUACUUGUAGCGGUGGGUGUUCGAAAUUGGCGUGUUCGUGGUUGUUUACGACUUGACGCAUCUGCUGCGUAUUUUGCCGUGUUUUUUGUUGGUAGAUACGAGGCGCGGCAGUGGAAGUCUUGAGUGAAUGUCCGGAUAGAUCAAACGCGUUGCCUCAUGGGUCUUUCGCGCGUUGCCCCCUAAAUUAUCGUGACGGGACACCGAGGAUGAGCAUGUACCGGGUGUGUGUUGAGUGGCAGUUUUUCCACUUCGUACGCGCAGUUCCAACUCUUUUGAAGGCGACUAAACUCGUGGCUCGUCCAAGGUGCGCCCCCAGGUUGUUUGAUUACGCCAUGUACAGCUAUCCUCGUUCAGAUGUAGCCCAGCCUUGUGAAGCAAUCCUUCGUAUGUCGGUGUUAGGUUCGUACAAAGCACGGGCUUCGUUUGGGGCGAGUUGGUUUGUCCUUUUUUUCCCUCACUGUGUUAGUUUUAGUUUGUUUCGUUAGGCCGAUGAUAAUGUUCCGUCCUUUUAUUGGCCGUGUCGGGUUUCCUCAUGUGACAUGGUCAUGUGACAUGGUCAUGUGACAUGGUCAUGUGACAUGGUUUGGCAUCAUCGGUGCGUUGGGUAGACAGUUUGGCUUGCCUCUUCCAUCGCACCGUCCUAGCAGCAUCCCUGCCGAGUGCGACCCUCGGAUAACCAUCUCCGAGCGGGGAGAGCUUCAUCCUAAGCGCUCUCUCUCGUGCUUUUGUGUUCGUUCGCUCGUUGCACCUGUUUCGUCGCUGUUUGAAGGUUUCUUCGUUGUUGUGUAGGUGGUUCGUUCUCGUGGUUGUGCAUCCAUACCUCAUUACUGUCGAGUGUAUCCAGAAGCGUUCAGUGAAGCUGUACAAGGGUUGGUUGCCUUCAGCGUUGGAAGGAUCCCUCUGUCAAGAUGUUUGGACGGGCAUACAGUGAUUCAGCAUGCGUGGUGGUGGGGC